AUGAAGAUUUGGCAAGUGAUAUUUGUCACUCUGGCUAUUUUUAAAGCGAUUUCGUCAAGUACACAAACAUCAUCACCAGCGAAUAAUUCAACGACAUCACAGGGUACAGUAAGUGAACAAUCGACAACACAAGAAGGACUACAGCCAAGAUCACCACCCGAAAAUGGUUUAGCGCCAGGACCACCGGGAGAGGGAAUACCAGGGCCACCCGAAAAUCCACCAACAACCGGAACUGAAACACCUACAUCAAGUGAUACUGAACCAUCGACAACACGCAGAGAGGAACCACCACCGGGACCACCCGGAAAUAGAUCAACAUCCGGAGCUGAACCACCUGCAAGAACAGAGGCUGAACCAUCUACAACAAGCAAAUCAAAACUACCAACAGAACCAUACAAAAAUUCGGCCUCGGGCAUGUGGAAGAGUUGGGUCUUACUGACAACAAUUGCGAUCUUUCAGUAUAGUGUUUAA